AUGUCGACGAGAACUAGUUUUUCCCAAUUCGAAAUAAUGGUGGACUAUAUGGAGAGAAAUGGAGACCUCAAUAAGCCUGCUGGUGGACCUUACGGCAGGCUUAGUGCCAUUACAAAGUGGGAAGAACUAACGAUGGCCCUAAAUUUAGACACAACGGGCCAGUCAAAGCCGAUGGAUAAGUGGAAAAAGAAUGAUUCAGCACUUGCCUCUGAACCAUUAGAGUUAGAGGUGCCACCACCCUUUCUGCGGCCACGGUCACCCACACCGACCCGCUCAACUAUCCAGGUAGACAUGCUGGAUGAAUUAAUGAGGCCAGGUGGAAGCGGCCAGUCUACCCCAUUUCCCACGGAAAUAGUGGAGGUGACGACUGCGUCGCCCACCACCAGCCACGUCCAACAGACGGGAUCUCCGGCACGGCCAAGAGCCCGGCGUAUUAUACCCGGGCACCGCGCUACACCGGAUCGCCGCCGGCGCCCUCGAGUUCGCCCACACUCGGCACAUGCAGAUGCUGCCCAAAAUUUCAUCCAUUCGGAUAAUCUCUGGAGAGAUUUGGCGACAAAGUUUGUCACUGAGAGUCUGCGGCAGCGUGAAGCUGAAUUACAAAUGCAAGCUCAGUGGCAAACUUUGUUCGCUAAAUAUCUAGAGCUACUAGAUAAAAAAAAAAAAAUAAUUUUAAUGCAGUAG